AUGGAGGACACACGUCGAGACGUCUGUGACAGGUGUAAGCGUCCACUGCGCGUCUGCUACUGCGCGUCGCUGCCCAAUGAGCCGCUCGCUACCAAGUCGACGCACGUUGUGGUACUGCAGCAUCAGCACGAGAAGCGACGACGUGCUGCGAUCUCCUCGGUGCCGCUUUUAGCUCAAACGAUUGAGAACGUGACGCUCGUGACGGUCGACGAAGCGUGCGAUUGUGGUCCAGGGAAGAAUGAACAGCUUGAUGCCUUUCUGUAUGAUGAAGGGGGAGAUGACACGUUCGACACGGCGAUGAUUUUAUUCCCCGAUGAACAUGCGCAGCCUUUGGGCGAAGGAGUGGGGAGGGAGACUCAGCGCGUGCUGCUGAUCGUCAUCGACGGCACGUGGAAAGAGGCCAAGAAGAUCGCACACAGGAACAAGAAGCACUGGGAGAAAGCGGCAAGGGACUGGGAGAUACGAGGCGCCAAGCUGGAGUAUGUUUGUCUCGCUGGCGAGCUUAAACGGAGUAUCUACGGCGACUUGAGGCGGUGA